GAGCGUCAGAGACAGUUCGUCAUCGUGCCGGAGGCACAACAGGUCAAGUCGACCAACCUCCAUCCAUACACACGACCACUGACCAUCUCCGACGUGGAAUCUUGCGAAGCUCUUGAAAACGCAGCAUUUACAAACCCGCUCGAUCGAGCCACGCCAGAAAAGUUCCGAUAUCGACUGUCCAAAUGUGGUGAACUGUGCUUGGGGAUUUUCUGCACUGCUGAGCCACAAUCCGGUUUUCAACCAGAAACUCUUGCUGCAGGCAGGCCAGUGGAGACUGCCCGCAAGAAUGGCGCUAUCAGUGUGCUCCUCGGCCACGUUGUUGCGGCCAAAACUCACGACCUCACAGCGAGCGAUGAGUCAAUGGGGGUCCCAGAAGACUGGGACUCUCCACGUCCAACUCCUACUAAACGUGGCCAUCAGGAAGCGGGACGGACGAUUGUUCUUCACUCCGUUGCUAUCUCGCCAAGUUUUCAGGGGAGGGGCCUUGGUAGAGUCCUGAUGAUGGCAUAUAUUCAGAACAUGAACGGGGCCGGGAUUGCCGAUCGACUGGCAUUGAUUGCUCAUGAUCACAUGGUUGCUUGGUAUGAAAAACUGGGCUUCACCAACCUGGGAAAGAGUGCUACUCAGUUCGGAGGUGGAGGAUGGUUUGACAUGGUUUUGGAGUUG